AUGGGCUCUCGUCUCACAGCCUCUCCCUGGAUGGAUGUCCGUAAGACGCCCAGCAAGAUUGACCUGUACGACGUCCGUAGGAGACCCUGGUACAUCCAGGGAGCCGCCUCACCCAAAGACAUGCUCAUCCUGGUGGACGCGAGUGGCAGCGUUUCUGGGCUGACACUCAAGCUCAUCCGGACGUCGGUCAGCGAAAUGCUCGAGACUCUUUCGGAUGAUGAUUACGUCAAUGUGGUUUACUUCAACACGCGUGUGAAGAAGACGGCGUGUUUCGACCACCUGGUGCAGGCCAACGUCCGCAACAAGAAGCUUCUGAAGGACGCGGUGCAGAACAUCUCAGCCAAGGGCAUCACCAACUAUACCAAAGGCUUUGAGUUCGCCUUCCAGCAGCUCUCCAUCACCAAUGUGACCCGAGCAAACUGCAACAAGAUCAUCAUGCUGUUCACGGACGGAGGAGAGGAGCGAGCCCAGGCCAUUCUGCAGAGGUACAACGCAGACAAGAAGGUGCGAAUAUUCACAUUUUCAGUGGGACAACACAACUAUGACAAGAGACCCAUUCAGUGGAUGGCCUGCUCCAACAAAGGAUACUUUUAUGAGAUCCCGUCCAUUGGAGCCAUCAGGAUAAACACACAGGAGUACUUGGAUGUCCUGGGCCGACCCAUGGUGAUGGCAGAUAAACAGGCCAAACAAGUGCAGUGGACCAAUGUCUACCUGGAUGCUCUGGAGCUGGGUUUGGUCAUCACUGGGACACUCCCUGUUUUCAACAAAACCAAAACCAAAGAUGACAGGAACGGAGAGCAUCAGAACCAGCUGAUCCUGGGCGUGAUGGGCAUCGACGUGUCUUUGACCGACAUCAAGAAGCUCACACCGCGCUUCACUAUUGGGCCAAAUGGAUAUUACUUUGCCAUUGAUCCCAACGGCUACGUCCUGCUCCACCCCAACCUCCAGCCAAAGAAAAGGAUCCGGAACAGACGUCUCAGAGUCAAUGAAAAGUUUGCCUCGACGUUCCACGAGGAGCCGGUCACGCUGGACUUUUUGGACGCAGAGCUGGAGAAUGACAUCAAAGUGGAGAUCAGAAAGACCAUGAUUGACGGAGAGACCGGAGAGCGCACCAUCAACACCCUGGUCAAGAGCCAGGAUGAGAGAUACAUAGACCGAGGAGUGCGUACUUACACUUGGGCACCAGUCAACGGCACUGAUUACAGCUUGGCCCUGGUGCUUCCCAAAUACAGCGAACACUUCCUACAGGCCAGAAUUGGAAACGACAUUCAACAGGCCAUGGUCAAAGAUAUCACCAAAAAAAUGAAGAAUAUGAGAACCCAGUUCAGCAGGCUCUCAAAAGCACCACCCUCUGGAAGUGGAAGACGCGGCCUCACACAGCACCAGCACUGGAUUGUGAAGAAUUUAGAGUUUCUUCGGCCUUACAUGAAAUCGAGGGAGACACAGUCAUCAUUCCAGCUCGAGAGUAACUCUCAGGACGACACAGACGAGGAAAUUGGUUUGUCGUCAUCCGACGAUGAGAGCACUCGGACAUGUGCAAGCCCCACCCCCUCGAGCAGCAGCUUCAAUGUAGAAGUCCGGUCAGGAACCAGCACACCGACCUGCUCGGUAUCGAGCAAGGAGUUCGACCCCCCUAAACCACCGGCUACUAAAAAGAGGAGGGUGAAUCCAGGGCCAACUGAGAGAGCAGCCGACCGCCUAAAUAGGGAAAAAAUGACUGUGCUAAAUAGCAUUGCAGAGAGCAUCGCGAAGCCUCUUUCCCUACCAGACAUGGAAGAGGAGAGAAUGGAUGAGGAUGAUGUUUUUGGCCAGUAUGUCGCCAGUCGACUCCGAAAGAUAAAAGACCAAAGGACAAAAACUAGGCUGAUUGCAGUUCUAAACAAUGCCAUUUCUGAAGCUGAGCUGUCCAUCUUAGACGCUAUGAUGCCUAACUUUACAAAUCAAUCACCCCAACAGCCAGCUCACUAUCAGGCUGGGGGAUACGUGCACUUUUUAAAUUCAUAA